GCGCCUGUAAAAAUGUUUAGAACACCUUACUCUUCCUCAGUGCCACGCUCAUGUUUGUGUAUCUUGACUACCAAUCUAUCAAAGUUCCGUAACCGGUCAAAGUCUUGGGACCCAGCAGCCUCGCACCCAAAGGAGCUUUGCGCUAGUGCAUCCCUGCCUCACGGAUGAACUUCAUACAAAGCUCUCGAAUAUCUUCCCGACAGCAUCGUUUAUGCCCCGCGAAGUGCUUGCGAACACCAACCCUAUUAACGCAUGAAAUCCAAUCGCUCUGCGACGAGCCUUCGAGUUCCUAAAAGUAUUUCGACACCAACUGAUACCCUCGUGUUCGGGCAUACGAAUUGCGGAGACCUGUCAUAAUCGCAUGCGAGGACACCCAUAAAUCCCCCUUUCUCCAAACCUCGACCCGACCUGGGAACAACAGCCCAUCGUAAACACCAAAAUGUCGUCGGGACUCACUCGAAGAAGAGGCGGCGGCGGCGGAGGAGCAAGUGGAGAGAAUGAGGAGGGAGAUCCGAGUCGCGUGGCUUCCCCAGUCCCCAAGGCUGGUGGCUCUCGCGACACCGGUGGUCCAGAAACAUCCUACGAGAGCGGCGAGAAUGGACACAAGAUUGCUUUCGACCCGAGGGAUAUCAGCGAGAGUGCUGAGCGGAGUAAGCAGCCGAAGCUGACGCUCAUGGAAGAGGUGCUCUUGUUGGGAUUGAAAGAUAAGCAAGGAUACCUCUCAUUCUGGAACGAUAAUAUCUCAUACGCGCUGCGAGGAUGUAUCGUCAUCGAGCUUGCCUUCAGAGGACGUGUUAGCAUGCAGAAGGAUUCCUCGAGAAGGAGGUUCCCCCUAGCUGAUCGAGUUAUCGAAGUCAUCGAUGAUACACUUACUGGAGAAGUUCUGCUCGACGAGGCGCUCAAGAUGAUGAAGGCCAGUGAGAAAAUGAGUGUCAGCCAGUGGAUUGACCUAAUGAGUGGAGAGACCUGGAACUUAAUGAAGAUUGGCUACCAAUUAAAGCAAGUCAGAGAAAGAUUAGCGAAGGGCUUGGUCGACAAGGGAAUUCUCAGAACCGAGAAGCGAAACUUCCUACUAUUCGACAUGGCAACACAUCCUGUAGCUGACGGAGGAGCCAAGGAGGAAAUCAGACGACGUGUUAGAAACGUCCUGACGCAGCGAACAGUGGUUCUACCCGGAAGUCAAUUCCUUCCAGAAAAUCUCGAAUUCAGAUACGUCCGAACCAUUGCUAUGGUAUGUGCUGCGUACGCUGCCAAUGUUCUUGAAAAUGCGUUGGCUACGCUGGGACAUGAAGCUAGAGAACGUGCUUUUGCCCAGGUAGAUGAGCUGCUCGCCGAGUACAGUCAAUGGCCGUUUGGAAAGAGGGCUGGUGGGGCUUCUGGCGGUGUUGGGGCGAAUUUGGGACAGGUGAUUGGAGACGAGGUUACCAAUGGCAAGGACAAGGAGUUGCAACUCGAGGUCGUAGCAGCAUGUCUCAGUGUCUUCACUCGCCUGGACUCCCUCCUCUAGUUGUUCAAGAGGAAUUACAUCACAGAACUGGGCAAGGCAGGGCACCAAAGGACGACGACCGGCUUGGAGACAGAAAGGGAGUGAUAAACCUUCUACAUUGUCGUAAUUACUACCGGGUAUCCAAAAGAUUGGUUCUCUUCUCUGAAAACAUGACCAAGCAAGAGAGCAUCAAAAUUUCUUGGGGGAGACAGAACGAGCGAAGACAGGCAAGUGGGAGCGAAUUCAAAUUUGCGUACCCUUUUGUUAAUUCGCAAUGGCGUGCAAGGCAGACAUUUGAAAUUUGGCAUGGGCGUUGUUUGUUCCUUCGAGACUUUACUGUUAGUAGCAAGAAUGAUUACUUGCUUGCAUAUGCACGCAUGACCUUUGCUUGGUCUCAUUCUCCUCGUCUGCCUGUUAUUAGCUGGUGAGUGGGUAGAGCCUUCACCUGAAAAUUGAACGGUGAGUAGCUGUGUUAGCUGGAACCACAAACCAAGAACACGGAGACUGUAACAGAUAUGUACGCUUUGGGACGAACGGUUGGCUAAAUAUCAACUCAAUACACA